AUGACUCGCUUCUCGCCUUGGUCUGCCGUUUUGAGCAUCUUCAUCGGCAUCACAGUCUACUUCUACUACUACCAGAGCCAGACACUCAAAAUCAACUCACUCAUCACCAACCAAUCAACCUCUACAGAAGACCAUAUGCUCAAGGCAGCCAAAACCAUGUCCAAGGCACUUGCAAACGCAAAGAUCACCCCCCACAGGUCAUCCACUCGUGGCCACUCCGACCAUGGCUGGCUCAACACCUACCACAGCUUCUCCUUUGCCGACUGGUACAACCCCAAGUUCACCCAUUUCGGCUCUCUGCGAGUCCUGAACGAGGACCGUGUCAGCCCCGUCAACGGCUUCCCAACGCACCCCCACCGCAACUUCGAGAUCUUCAGCUACAUCCUCUCCGGCGAGCUCACCCACCGCGACUCCAUGCUCUCCAAGGGCAACGAGGGCGGCCAAUCGGACAAGUUCUACCGCAUGCACCGCGGCGACGUCCAGUUCACCACCGGCGGGACGGGUAUCGCCCACUCGGAGUUCAACGAGCACAAGAAGGACACCGUCCACUUCCUCCAGAUCUGGGCCCUCCCCUGGAAGAACGGCCUCAAGCCCCGCUACCACACCCGCAGCUUCCCCGACGAGGAGAAGCGCAAGGGUUUCGUGAACGUCCUCAGCCCCCUCAAGGCCGGCGAGGACGCUACCGAGCAGGAGGAGGCCGACGCCGAGCCCGCCAUCCCCAACACCAUCCCCAUCCACGCCGACUUCGUCAUGGGCGCCGGCCUCAUCGCGCCCGAGAGCACCUUCGAGUGGACCGUGGGCGCCAACGCGACCCAGCAGACCAAGCGCAAGGUCUACGUCCACGUCCCCAUGACGCAGAACGGCAAGGCCAAGAUCCGUCUGGACGGCCGCGAGAGCGCCGAGCUGGCCGAGGGUGACGGUGCCUUUGUUGAGGACGUCAAUGCCGGCGACAAGCUGAGCUUUGAGAGCAUCGGCGAGGCCGAGGCUGAGGUCGUCGUUCUCGACACAGCUUGA